CGACAUAUCCCUAAAGCCCUGAGCUCUUGACUACGUUCGUGAGAAGGCAGCUAGAGCUAUCGGCUAUGAUGGCGGGUUGUUUAGUCAAUAAUUUUUUGAGAUUGAAUAACCGUGGGUAUCGUGCUGGACCCUGGGAAUUGAAAUCGGAGGAAGCAGACGAAGCAGCUGUAAGGAAGGAUUUCGGGGCCGGCAUGAAGCAAACUAGCUGCGUAAAAGGCGAGGCUUCUGCUCAUCAAGGCUUCGGAGCUUCGGAGCUUCGGAGCUUACUUAGAAGCAAUAGCGAGAACAAAUAUGCUCAUAGGUAUCCAUUAUUCGAGUAUGGGUCUCGUGGGGCUGUGAAUAAAGGAAGCUGGGAGCACUGGGUUGAGGAAGUUACACAGGACAUAGAGGGGACAUCCAUAUAA